GCCAAUGACUAGUAAUGAGUCAGUUGAGUGCUUUCUGAACUGCACACGGUAACAGCAAACAAAAACAAACUAAACAAUAAUGGAAGAUCUGAGCAAAUCCUCAUUGAUGUUCUUCUCAGAUCAGCACCUCUGCUAUGCCGAUAUUCUUCCUCCUCCUCAGGUCCGAGCAAGAAUCGAAGUAGCCGUCCUCAACUUCCUCAAGAUCUUGAACUCUCCCACUCCGGCAAUCUCUGAUCUCUCUCUGAUCGAUAGAAGAUGGAGUAAUAGCAGAGUGAGUAGGGGUUUGUUGACGGAUGUUUCGUGGAUUUUUCUCUCUCACUCGUUUUGCACGAGGUCUUUGAUGAGAGUUAACACUGCUCAAGCCUUCAUCAGAGUUUGGAAGGUGAUGGAGAUGUGUUACCAGGUUCUGGUUCAGGAAAAGAGACUGACUCAGAGAGAGCUAUUCUACAAAUUGCUUUGUGAUUCACCAGACUAUUUCACUUCCCAAUUACAGGUCAACAGGACAAUCCAAGAUGUGGUGGCAUUGCUUCGUUGCAGCCGUUACAGUCUUGGAAUCAUGGCAUCUAGUAGAGGAGCCAUUGCUGGCCGCCUGUUGCUGCAGGAACCAAACCAAGAGGUUGUGGAUUGUUCUGCUUGUGGAUCUUCUGGUUAUACUAUUUCUGGCGACCUGAAUUUGUUAGAGAAAUUGGUCAUGAAGACUGAUGCACGCUACAUUAUUGUGGUAGAGAAGCAUGCCAUAUUCCAGCGGCUAGCUGAGGACUGUGUUUAUAAUCAAAUUCCAAGCAUUCUCAUCACUGCCAAAGGAUAUCCAGAUAUCGCCACAAGGUUUCUCCUUCAUCGAAUAAGCAAAACUUUUCCUGAUUUGCCAAUAUUCGGCCUGGUUGACUGGAACCCAGCAGGGUUAGCUAUACUAUGCACCUUCAAGUUUGGAAGCAUAGGGAUGGGGCUUGAGGCAUACAGAUAUGCUUGCAAUGUCAAGUGGCUGGGACUGCGAAGAGAUGAUCUAGAACUCAUACCUGAACAAUCUUUCAUGCCAUUGAAACCAAAGGAUGUUCAAAUAGCCAAAAGCUUGGCAUCCUCAGAAAUUUUACAGGACAAUUACAAGGAAGAGUUGGCUGUGAUGGUGCAGAGUGGUAAGAGAGCAGAGAUUGAAGCACUCUACUUCCAUGGAUACGACUUCUUAGGGAAGUAUUUGGCAAAGAAAAUUGUACUAGCGAAUUACAUAUAGGGAAAAAAAAUAAAAUAAAAUAAAAGAAUAAAUUACCUUGUGACCGAUAUUAUGUGAGCCUGGUUGUGGGAAGAAAAAUAUAUGCCAACUACUAAUAUCUCAUAUUAAGCAGUUCCUUACACUCCUGUAGUAACCUUACAUUUUUAAAUCAUCAGAAAGUAAAAAUAAAAAUAAUAAAUGGACCCUAAUAUUUAAUUUUAU